AUGACAAGCAGAACCUUAGACAAUGUGGUUAUUCCGUCGGAAUACCGAAUCCAUUUGAAGAUCGAUCCUCGCAAAAGUAACUUUCACGGCGAAGUCACCAUGAGUUUAAUUCGAAAAAACGAAAAAGGCACUUCAGUUAGUGCAAUCUAUUUGCAUUUGGAAAAUGCCGCUGUUGCAUGUGCGACUUUGGGAGAUUAUGUUCUCAGAGUAAGCUACGAAAAAGAGGUAGGUGCGGUGAAGCUCGUUCCAGAAGGGCCUGUAGACGUAGCAGAAGCAGUAAAAUUACCGCUUCACCUCGUAUAUGUUGGCAAAAUACAGACUAUUAGAACCUAUGAAGAUGCUACGCGGGGUCUUUUCAAGACGAAUUUCAUGAGAGACGUCUCUGGCGCUAGUGACGGCUUGAUCGCGGCUACUCAUUGUCAACCGCAAUACGCGCACCAUAUAAUACCAUGCAUAGACGAAGUUGACCACAAGGCACAUUUCGAGUUGUGUAUCACCACGCAGCGGUCCUACUCAACCGUAUCGAACACAGAAAUUGUGUCCACUGACCGCAUUGAAGAACAGAAAAUGAAAACCGUCAAAUUCGCUAGAACGCCGCUCAUGACAGCGUCACUAUUUGCUUUCGCCCUUGGUGAUUUUGAGACUAUCUCCUCUGAAGCUGCUUUGUCUCGAGGAAAGAUACCGUUGACAGUUUAUGCUGCGCAGGAAGUAAAAUACGCCGCCUACGCUCUCGAUGUCAUCCGUCAGUAUCUCCCACUACUUGAGGACUACUUUGGGGUCAAAUAUCCACUUGAGAAGCUAGAUCUGGUGUUACUGCCCUUUUUGAAGGACCUUGCAAUGGAAAAUUUUGGAAUGAUUACUGUCCAGCAAGAACAUCUGCUCUUAGAACCCUCUCAUCUCGCUAAUCCUUCGAUACGCAUGCAGGCUAAGCAAUUAAUUGUUCAUGAGCUUGUUCAUCAGUGGAUGGGCAAUUUCAUUUCGUUCAAUUCAUGGGAACACUUGUGGUUCAACGAGUCGUUUGCAACCUGGUGUGCUUGCGAAAUAAUCAGCAAGCAUGAAGGUGUUGAUUACUGGAGCUCUGAGGAAUAUUUGACGCAACUUUUUGCUUGUUUUGAAAAAGACGCCGAUGGCACCACCCCCAGUAUCUCCUCGUCAUCUAUGAAGGGGUCCAUCGUGGAAACCUCAGACGCUCUCGACCCUCAUAAUUAUUCUAAGGGCAUCGCACUUCUUAGAAGCUUAUCGCAAUAUGUCGGAAAUAACGAGUUCAAGAAUGUCUUGGCCAAGGUUUUCAACAACAAAGAUUUUCACACUCGAGCUAUUACUCCUUCAGCUCUUUGGGUUUGCAUUGAUCAAAAUCUUCCUGCUGCUAAUGUCUCUGAAGUGAUGAAAUCAUGGAUUGACAAUCCCGGCUUCCCAUUGCUGCAUGUCACGGUACAGGAAGGGCGAACAAAGUUGGAACAGCAGCCCUAUUGUGCUGCGACAAGCCAUGAGGAUGAGAAAUCUAUAUUUUUCAUUCCCCUCUUCCUAAUGACAAAUGACUGCUCUAAAAGCUCAGAGCUGCUUACGACACAGUCAAUGGAGAUUGACAAAACAGUUGUUACAGCCAAUUCCGGAUUCCAAGGCUAUUAUAGGGUUUCUUAUGACUCUAGCUUGAGUUACGACUUAAUCUACCAGCACAUCUCGGAACGUAAACUAAGUGGAGCGAGUUUGCUUCAGAUUUUUGAAGAUUUGAAGGCCUUUAUAGGCGAUGCACGAUUUCAGAAAAGCUGGCACAUAGAUGGUUUUUUCAGCUUGAUGGACUUUAUUUCCCGUGAUAUGAAUGCCGAAGAAUAUGAACAAUACUUUCCCGCAGUAGCUGUGGCGCUCCAAAUUUUGGAGAAAAUUGAAUUAGGUGCCAAGAGCUUCGGGAAUCUAGAGAAUAAGUUUGACUUCCUAAACUCCUUUAUUCUCCCGAUGUUCCGCAAUCUGAAAUUUCCAAAAAAUCCGAAGGAUUUGGUGAAGUUUGGUAACGGGCGAUUAGAAGUUAUGUCAAGGAUCCUGUUUAUGGGAGCUGAGUCGGAUGAAGUCUACCGAACUUGUUCGAAUUAUUUUAAAAGCAUCUAUGAAGGUCCCAAAAAUGCCCUUCCAAUUGAGAUUCUUGAUGGCAUUUUAACUACUGUUAUGCGCCACGCUACCAGCUUGAAGCAAUGGAAAAAGUAUUUCGAAUUGACAAAAUGUUCUCCUGCUCUUGCUGCUCACGUAGCUGGUGCUAACCCUGAGUUUAUACAUAAGGCUGCUCUGGAACAUUUGGGAUUCUCGCUCUCUCCGGAACUACUGCGAAAAGUUCUGAACUUUGUGACGACGAAUUUUAAGUCAGUAGGAGUAACGAAAGCCCUUUUCGGACUGCGCUAUAAUGCGCGGGAGAAAUGCGGGGAUGUUUACGUGAGAGACUUGAUGUGGGAUUGGUUUCUCAAAAAUUUUGAUCUUUGGGCGAAGAAAAGUUUGAACUCUAGUUUUGAGUCUGCGAACCAAAUGAGAUUGGCGCUAUCCGAUGUCUCGGUCAUAGCAUUUGGAAUGUGGGUAGAUGAACCUGCAAAAAUUGAUUCCUUUAUUGCGUCAAAAGAGACUCUUUAUGCCAAUGCUAUUAAUUUGAUACCAGUAUGGAGCUCCAUAAAGGCUAAUGAAGAGAUCAAAAAGAUAAUUUUUGACGGGUUAAUGGAAUGCAAACUUUAG